AUGAUCCAAGGGAGUGAUGUAGCAUGCUUGGAUAACCUUAGAAUGGAUAGAGCCUGGCUUUAUAAGUUAUGUGAGAUGCUUAAGGAUGUUGGUAAAUUGCAAGGAAAUAGGAAUUCAAGUUUGGAAGAAAUAGCUGCUUUAUUCCUCUUUACACUCUCUCAUGAUACCAAAAAUCAAAGAACUCAAUUAUACUUUAGAAAAAGUGGGGAGACAACUUCAAGGCACUUCAACUUAGUUUUACAAGCUCUUCUUAGAGGUCACCAUAUUCUAUUUAAAAAACAAGAGCCAAAUUGUUUAGGUGCUUUGGAUGGAACACAUAUCUAUGUUCGUGUUGGAGACAAAGAUAAAGUUAGAUUCAGAUAUAGAAAAGGAGAAAUUUCUACUAAUGUCUUAGGUGUGUGUACACGAGAUAUAAAAUUUAUGUAUUUGUUACCUGGGUGGGAGGGUUCAGCACAUGACAAUAGAGUUCUUCGCGAUGCACUUUCUCGAAAAAAUCCAUUAAGAGACCCUCAAGGAUUUUUAACACCGCUUAGGGUUCAAAGAUAUCAUUUGAGAAUUUGGAAAAAUGGUGCUCAACCACUAUAUGCUGAAGAAUAUUUUAACAUGAAGCAUUCUCAAGCAAGAAAUGUCAUAGAAAGAUGUUUUGGAUUGCUGAAAAUGAGGUGGGGUAUUCGACGAACACAACUUGGUAUCUUCAUCUACUUCAUUGAUAUGAACAUUGCGGAUUUGGUUAGACAUUUUGCUACAAAUUCUGCAACUUCAUUCUUCAUCCUAGGCCAGCAAUACAUUUUCUUCAAUUAA